AUGACUAAUGAUGAAGAAUUACAACGUCAAUUAUUACAAGAAUUACAAAAACAACGAUUUCAUCAAUUAGGUCAUCAGUUAACAUCAAUUUGUUGGGAUAAAUGUGUGACCAGCAAAUUGAAUAAUUCACUUGAUUCUAGAACUGAGAAUUGUAUAAUUCAUUGUGUACAACGUUAUAUUGAUGUGUCUGGUCUAUUGACUCGUCGACAAAAUGAGGCACGUUUAGGAUUUAUGGAUGUACAAUCUGAUAAUGAUAAUAAUAAUACUAUUAAUUAA